CAUUUCCUUUGCCUCCUUGCUUGCCUGCCUGCCUGCCUUGGCUUGGCUUUCCCGGCAAAAGGAUGGCGAGCACGGCAGCAGCUGCGGCGGCGGCUGCGGCGGCGGAGAAGGAGGCGAGCCAGCAGAGCAGCCUGGGCGCCUAUUCCCCCGUGGAUUACAUGAGCAUCACCAGCUUCCCCCGGCUGCCCGAGGAGGAGGCGGCGGUGGCGGGAGGAGGAGGCUCGGAGAGCUGCCUCCGCUCCCGCAAGGAGGAGGACGCCUUCCUCGGGGAGCAGGAGACCGACCCCGAUUCUUUCUUAAAAUCUGCUCGCCUUCAGCGCCUGCCUUCCUCUUCAUCGGAGAUGGGCAGCCAGGACGGCUCGCCCCUUCAGGAGACCACCAAGGACCCAUUCUCUGGGGAUUGCAGUUGUCGCCAGGAUGGUUUGACUGUGAUUAUCACCGCCUGCCUAACGUUUGCUACAGGAGUCACGGUGGCCUUAAUCAUGCAGAUUUACUUUGGAGACCCUCAGAUAUUCCAUCAGGGUGCCGUAGUCACUGAUGCUGCCCGGUGCACUGCUCUGGGGAUCGAGGUGUUGAACAAGCAAGGCUCCUCAGUGGAUGCGGCCAUCGCCUCAGCCUUAUGCUCAGGAAUUCUUAAUCCACAUACAGCUGGUCUCGGCGGUGGAGGAGUAAUGCUGGUUCAUGAUAUCCGGAAGAAUGAGAGCCGGGUGAUUGACUUCCGAGAGACCGCCCCAUUCAAUAUCCAAGAAGAGGGUCUUAGGAAGGCUUGGGAAACAAAGCCGGGCCUCCUUGUUGGCGUUCCAGGUAUGGCCAAAGGGCUCCAUGAAGCACAUCUGUCUUAUGGGAGGCUGCCAUGGAGACAGCUUCUGGGUCUCGCUGCAGAUGUAGCUCAAGAUGGAUUCAAUGUCACACAUGAUUUAGCAAUGGCUAUCAAAGACGUGAAAGAACAGCAUAACUACUCAGACAGAUUCAAAGAGAUUUUCCUUCCAGAUGGCCAGCCCUUGCUGCCUGGCAUGUUUAUGAGAAGGCCCGAUCUGGCUGCGCUUUUACAUUUGCUUGGGUCAGGAGGGGUUUCAGCUUUCUACAGUGGAAAUGUGACACAAGAAAUUAUUUCAGAGGUCCUUAAAUAUGGAGGCACGUUGUCUGAAGAAGACUUUAGUAACUACACUGUCUUGGUGGAUAAUCCAGUCCAUACAAUAUAUCAAGGUCAUCUCGUCCUAAGUCCAUCACCUCCACAUGUUGGCCCUGCUCUGAUCACUGCUCUGAACAUCCUUGAGGGUUUUAACAUCACCAGCCAAGUAGCCAGGGACAAUAUUCUCCAUUGGAUAACAGAGACACUGAAAGUAGUUCUGGCACUAGCUAGCAGCUUGGGAGACCCAUUCUAUAAUGCAUCCAUUUCUCACAGUGUGGAAGAUAUGAUGAGUAAAUCUAAGGCAAACUUCCUCCGUCAACAGAUUGACUCCCAGCCUUACCCCUCAGAGCUUCACAUCCCACAUUUUUCCAUGGAAAGUGGACCUUCUGCUAGCCAAGUUCUUGUCAUGGGACCAGAUGACUACAUUGUUGCUGUUGUAAGUUCCUUGAACCGUCCAUUUGGAAGUGGAAUAAUGACUCCAUCUGGAAUCCUUCUAAACAGUCAGAUGCUGGACUUUUCUUGGAUGAAUGAGACUGAAGAUCAUUCCAGUCCCAGUUUGAUGAAUUCCAUACAGCCAGGAAAAAGGCCUUUGUCUUUCUUGCUGCCCACUGUUGUUCGGCCAUCAGAAGGAAUGUGUGGAACCUACCUUUGUCUGGGAGCCAAUGGUGGAGACAAAGCUUUGAGCAGCAUUACACAGGUUUUGGUGAAUGUUUUAACAUAUAACAAAAACCUGAGUGAGAGUCUUUCAUUAGGCCGGCUUCAUCCUCAGAUUCAAUCUAAUAUCUUGGAAGUCGAUAGUGAGUUUCCUGAAGAAGAUAUCAACUACUUCACAAGCAUAGGUCAACAAGUGAACAAAGUUGAAGUCCUCUCUCUGGUUCAUGGAGCUAGAAGAACCAACAACUUCAUAAUUGGUGUAAAAGACCCAAGAAGUAUGGAUGCAGCAGGGGCUACAAUAUUGUAGCGAUCCUGCAUGGGCUGGUUCAUGAAAAAUGGCUUUUUCCAAAAUACGUUGUGCAUGUUUCCAAACAAUCCCUUUAUGAAUUCCCCGUAAUGUGGAACAAACAGUGUUUGUUGUGGGUUUCUACAUUGCUAAACAGAUUCCCCCAGCACUAAAACAAUGCAGCAGCGAAGGCUGAUAAAAGGCACAAUACAGCCCUUAGAAUUUUAUGUUUGUUGUUAUGAUCUUGAGUUAUAAAAAUCUCAGGCAUUAUUAUAAAUAGGAGCACAGGGAGUAGAUUUCAUUAUGGCAGUACCCUGUCUAGGAUUGAUUCCACUCAUCUGAUGCAUAAUGGUGAAAUAUUUCCAAAUUAAGCACUGAGAACAUGCAAACAGUAAACCGCUUGGUAUAUUCAGACUUACCAUUUUGGGAGCGGUGGUAGCAGAUUCACCACUUUGUAAAUACACAUACGAUUACCAUUAUCAAGUAAGUUUGUUGAAUUAACAAAAAAGUAUACUGUUCCACACAUAUUAAUUUAAAAGAAGAAAAAUACAGCUGUGGGCAGUGCCUGUUGUGAUGCCAUUAAUUCCUUCCCCUCCAAUUUCUGAGACGGUUUUGCAAUUUUUUUAUUGUAAGGAAGGGGUAAAAACACAUAGAUAUGUGUUGCUUCCUUUCUUUUCUUUUCUUUCUUAAAAAAGGCAGCUAGUCUUAUUGAUAAUGCAUGCUCACUACCCAAGAUGGCCAAAGGCAAGUGGAAUUGACAAUAGGCCAACUGAAGCUAUGCUUAACCUGUACUGCUCUCAGUUUAGGAAUGCUAGAAGUGAAUGAGUGCUGGCAUUGUGAUGCUGUCCCAGGACUGAAGGAGUUUUGAUCUGGCCUAACUCACCUCCUCCCACACCUAACUCCUUUUCUGCCUGCAUUCUUCUUCUUCUAGUAGUAGAUCUUGGCUAUCAGAAGAGUUCUGCUGACAGAUUGCGUGUUGGCCGAUCUCUGAGAUCAGGUGGCAGAAGAGCAAUUCUGCUGAUGGGAAGGCAUUUCUUUCAGCUGUCCCAUCUCAAGUUGUAAUGAUGUUAUCAGAAAAGGGUGGCUGCCACAGUGUUUGAUCACCUGAUAGAUAUAUUCGUCAUAACCAUUACAGCUUCAAGGUGAGCUACGUUUACACAUGAGUGCUCAUUAAAUGGUACCUCUGUCUUUAAUAACUAAGAGAAGGAGUGGCUCAAUCUUAAAAUUGUUUUACCAAUAUAGGCCCUAACCUCAGUAUGUUGAAAACCAGGCAGAAAAUCUUUCUAUAUUGAACAUACUUAUUUCUGAUAAUUUAAUGACUGUCCACUUUUCCAAAUAAUUCAUUCCAAGUAAUUAAAUGGAGAAUAUGAGGCAAUUUUCAGGCAUUCUUAAAUAUUCCCUGUGAGUCAAAUGACUUGUACCAGCAUACUUGUUCUAAUAAUAUCAGCUCCUAUUUGUAUGUUAAUGUAAUUUUUAAAAUCUUUGUUUGUCUGUCUGCUGCAAGGGGAAAGGGUACUUUACCUUGAUCCUCUUGAUGGUAUAAACUUAAUGGAUUCUUGUCAAUGAUUUCAACAAAUGUGGAUACCACAUCAAGUAUGUUGAUAUCAUACACAUAGUGUUUUUGUCAUCACCAGUAAUUGGGGGAAGAUGUCUGUCGGUUUUCCUAUGUUCCCCCCUAAUCUAUCAGUGAAAUAACAUUGCAAAUUUUAAUGCAGAAAGCACUCAGGCAGAUUCAGUGUCAUCUUGCACUAAAAUGUAGCCCUGCUUUUAGUCCUGUGGUUUUCCAUAGUUCUACAAGUCCACUUCAGCAUAUUGACAUUUUUUGUUGUUACUGUCAUCAGGUCAUCUUCGACUUAUGAGAGAUCUUAGAAUGGUCAUGUCAUCAACAGCCUUGUUCAGGACUUGCAGACUCAGAGUUGAAGCUUCCUUGAUUGAGUCUAUCCACCUGGAUUAUGGUCUUCCUCUUUUCCUACUACCUUCUAUUAUCUUUUCUAGUGACUCAUGUCUUCUCAUGAUAUUCCCUAGAAAAUACCAGUGAGAAUGAACUAUAAAACAAGGUUCAAUAUAACAAACAAGACAGCCCCUAGAACCUUCUCACUUAAUACUCAUUUUCAAAUAUAAAAUGUAGAUUUCAUAGUCUAUGGAGGAAAAGUUCAAAAGCAUAAGACUAAAGCUCAUCCACAGUCAUUUUCACUAUCUCUUGGCCUUGCUUCUUGAGUUAUGUUGAAAUGGCAAGUUAUAAAUCUCAGUCACGAUAGUCUAAUGUAUGUUAAAAGAAAAACAAGACAUUGCAUAUUACCAUGUUCUGAGGCUUAAUUUUAGAAAUUUAUUCCUGCACAAUUAAUAGAAUAUAGAAUCUUAAUCGAUUUGUAGCUAAUCUCCUGCAAAAUGUAUUUCACUUUCUUUCAUUAAUUGAUAGUGGACUUCCUGCAAAGUGUCUAUCAGCUGAGCUUAGCCUAAAUUCACAUGUUAGUCCCAACUAUGGCAGACUGAUGAAUCAAUUGAAUGUAUAUAAAUACUGAUUUACCAAAUUCUCAUUGAUUCAACAGAUCUACUCUAGUUAGAAUGACAAUUUUAAUGCAUGUCCUUGUUUAUGUAAUUGCCAUUAACAUUCUUGGAAACAUAUUAAAGAAUAGGUAAGUUUUUCCUGAAAUGAAGAAGCAUUAAAGACUGAACCUUACUAGAAGGCAGCAACAAAAAUAUAUAGCAUCAAUACAUCAGAUAACUUAGACUUAACAUUGAAAGCUGUACAUCUUCUUUGACGAUGUGCCUUUGGUGUCAAUGAAGCAAUACUGAGGAUUUCCAAAAUGACUUAAGUUAUAUCCUACAAAUACCUAAAAAUUAUUCUUCAUUGAUUUGAUUUGCAACAUGGGAAUAACUAUGGCUUCUUAAAAUUAGAAGUUAAUUCUCAUGCAUACAGACAUAGGAAAUUACUCCACAAUCUUUCCAGGCAGAUGUUUUUACACAAUUCAAGAUGUUCCGAGUUCUCCCUGUAGAUGGUGGUGGGCACCUGCAGACAAUUCUCUUCCUAUGAAAAUCACACAUCUAUUGAAUACAGGAAAGUAGAGUAAUAGAAACUCUCAAUGAUGUGUAGUGGCUCCUACACAGUAGAGUGAUAAACCCACUUCUGUAUACCUUGUUUGGAUGAAUUUUCCAUCUAUGUGAUUGGAGAUUCCGCUUUUUGCUAGAGCCAUGACUGUGCUGAGAAAGCCUUAGAAACUACAGCUCUAUAUACAUCUUUAGAAGGUCCCCCUCCCUAUAUUUCGAAGACAAAAAAGCAAUUAAUUCUACACUAUCUAAAUCAAAGAAUUAGGAAUACCUGCCUUCAGUUCCAUUGCAUCCAUGUACAAUGCCAGUUGUUUCAAAAACAUCAUGGUGCUUUUUAAAAAUGGGGUGGGGGUGGGGACAAAUAGAAAUAUUUCACUAUAUUGCUUUCACACCAAAUCAAUGCCUAAUUUUUGUUGGCUUCUUCAAGUAUUAUUGAAACAAUGGUUAUUUUAGCAUCUGUUUUAGUGUUCUAGAAUCUAGAUUACCUAUUUCCUAGUGAAUUAGAUGCUAAUGAAUACAAUCUUCUUUGUGUGUCACCUUUACAUGCCUCAAAACAUUUUAAUAUGAAUAUCUUAAAAGGAAGAAUAUAGCACACCUAGGCAAUGCCAUGGCUCUUUGGAUUGCAACUCCCAUAUCUCUUUCCAGAACUAGUUGGGCUUUCUGUGAGUUGAAGUCAGAACCUCCAGAAGGUCAAAUGUAUCUAAAGUCUUGUCUUGUGGAAUAGGAGGUGUCGGUGUACUACUGUAUUGCAGGUGCCAUCACUGAUCUUGUUUUAAGUCAGUCAAUGACCUCAAUGUAGUUUACAAUCAUUCACUGUUUAAGGGCUCAUUCACUUGUUAUAUUGUAAGUAGCUAAUAGCCUACACAAGAUCUUUGAAUGUUUGUACAGCACCACUAACAUCAAACAAACUACAUGUUAGGCAUGUGCUGACUGUAUGUAUAUAGAAAAUCUAAUCCCCAGUCAGUUCCUUCCAUCACACUCAACCUAGCAUAAUCAUGAAAGAUGGACUGGAGCUUUUUAGAUGAAAUAGUAGAAGACGGGUCAGGUUGCACAUUUAUUUUAAGAGCACAAUCUAAAUGUUAAUUUCUUUUCAUUCUGAAGCAAGCAUUAGGCAUGCUUUACCUGUGCAGGGAGGGAGAGCCCUUAAAUAUCCCCGGUUCCUCUCUCCCACUAACUCAACAUCACUAUUUUGGGGCUUUAACUACUCCAUUGGAGUCUGAGGUGGUCUUUUCCUCAUUUUUAGCCUUCGUGUGUGUGUGUGUGGGUAUUGUUGAUUUAGAACAGUGAUUCCCAAAGUGGGCACUACCGCCCUCUGGUGGGUGCUGCAGCAAUCCAGGGGGGUGGUGAUGGCCACAGGUGCAUUUGCCAUAUGCAUUAAUACAUAUAUCUUUCUGUUUAAUUGCUAUUAAAAUUUUAUAAACUAAUUUUCAGGGGGCGCUGAGUAAUAUUUUUUUCUGGAAAGGGGGCGGUAGGCCAAAUAAGUUUGGGAACCACUGAUUUAGCAAAAGAAAAACAUGGGAGGGGAAGCUGCUUGCAUGCAGACACCCCAGUAUGCUUACUAUAGGUUUGUUGUGUUUUUUUAAGGAAAAGUAAACUUUGGUUGCAUGUUGAACCUUUAUAGCAUGAAGUUUAACAUUUAGUUCUCCAUUGUGUUGUAAACUGGGGUGUGUGUCUUUUGUCCCAAAUAGGUAUGUUUCAACUUCAUGGCUUCAAGUUUAUUUCAUUCUGUUAUAUUUUAACAGCUAAAUAUAUGGCUUCUUUAAGGAAAACAGAGGAAGGAAGGGAAGGAAGGAAGGAAGGAAGGAAGGAAGGAAGGAAGGAAGGAAGGAAGGAAGGAAGGAAGGAAGGGACGAGAUGGAUCCGAAGUGUAUACUAAACAGUUGGUGUACCAGUUUCUUGGAGACAGUUCUUUAAUGUUUAAUUAGGGUACAAUCAUAUUUCCCCUUCAAAACCAAAAUCAUAGUCUAUAUGAUUUUGUUUAUGCCACAUAGCACUAAUUAACAGCAUAUUAUGCACUGAAUUUAAUGGGACAACUCCCUAGCAAGUGUGAUUAGGACUAGAGCUUAAACCAAGAGUUUAGAAAGCCUACAUGCACUACAGGUGGAAGACAAUUAGGAUGGCUUUUUCAUCAUCCAUUAAAUGCACGCUCAUGGUUGGAAUUACAAGACAUAAUUACGAAUCUGAAAUUAGUUAAACAGUGGGGCAUCUCAUCUGUAGUUUAAAAUGUUAGUCCGAUAGGAACUGAUCUUCAAUAUUCCACCUCAGUCCCUCCAUUCCAUAGGAACUUUAGUUGAACAGCUAUUGCAGGAUACCAAAUAAUAGGCUACUUCAGUUCUUAGGCCUACAAUGUAAAUGCACAUUGUUCAAGUUUGUGUGUUCUUACCGUUUCAGCAAAUUGUCUUAUGAUGUGCUCGGCUGAAUAACAUUCGGAUUGUAAAAAGCAAAAUCUCGAUGAACCUCGAUAAUUAUAAUAAUAUCUGGAAUGGACCACCACAUAAACUUAUUUUGUUGUUAGAAACCAAUUGUUUAUUUCUAUCAGAAAAUACAUUGCAAGAAGAGUUUUUUCUUUUUAAAAAAUGUUGUAAACAUUGAAAAACACAGUUCACAAAUACAAAUGUAACUAUAUCAUGUUUACAGUACAGCAUCACUUUAUUUAAAAUAAAUAACAUUAAAUGCAUUGUAAUCACACCCAUGAGUCUGAUUGUACAGAAAAUAAAUGUAACGUAUUCAUGCAUUUUCCCAAUAACACCAAUAACAAAAAGGCUGAAAUAAAAAGUUUUCUUUUUAUAGUA